CCGCCGCCACUCCACCCACCCGUGCCGCUGUGCCCCUCCAAAAACUUCCUUGACUCAACCAAUUGUUUGGUGACGAGAUCCUGUCCCGGUGUUUGUUUUCUUGUACAGUUUUCAACCCAAUUCCACAUACCCCAUCGAUCACCAUGAAGCUGGACGAGCUCAAGCCUCUCGAGGCCCUCCUCACCGCGGACUUCCGCCAGAUCGAGCCCCGCCUGCAGGCCCUCGACAAGCACCUGAUCCUGCGCACCUAUCUCGACGGCUACACCCUCGGCGACAUCGACACCAAGAUCUGGCUCGCCCUCCGUGGCAACCGCGCCGCCGUCUCCUUCAUCAAGCGCGGCUCGCUCGCCAACCUUGCCAGAUGGUUCAACUACAUCGAGGAGAACCACCCUGAGAUCCAGGCCGAGGUCAAGGCCAAGGACGCUGCCGCCAAGGCCAAGGUGGCCGCCGCCUCCAAGGCCGGUGCCAGCUAUGCGCUCGCCCUCCAGAACGCCGACCAGGGCGUCGUCACCCGUUUCCUUCCCGAGCCCUCGGGCUACCUUCACAUCGGACACGCCAAGGCCGCCCUCCUCAGCGACUACUUUGCCCACCAGGCUUACAAGGGCCAGCUGCGCCUCCGUCUCGACGACACCAACCCUUCCAAGGAGAAGCAGGAGUACCAGGAUGCUAUCAUUGAGGAUCUUGCCCUCAUGGGCAUCAAGCCCGACACGGUCACCUACACUUCCGACUACUUCGACUACCUCUACGACAUGUGCGUGCGCAUGAUCAAGGAGGGCCACGCCUACGCCGAUGAUACCGACCAGGAGACCAUGCGCGACGAGCGCUGGAAGGGUAUCGCCUCUGCCCGCCGCGACCGCUCGAUCGAGGAGAACUUGCGCAUCUUCACCGAGGAGAUGAAGAACGGUACCGAGGAGGGUCUGAAGAACUGCAUCCGCGCCAAGCUUUCCGUCGACAACCCGAACAAGGCUCUCCGCGACCCCGUCAUCUACCGCUGCAACAUCGAGACCCCCCACCACCGUACCGGCACCAAGUGGAAGAUGUACCCCAUGUACGAUUUCGCCUGCCCCGUCGUCGACAGCCACGAGGGCGUCACCCACGCUCUCCGCUCCACCGAGUACACGGACCGCAACCCCCAGUACCAGUGGUUCAUUGAUACCCUCAAGCUCCGCCAGGUCUACAUGUGGGAUUUCGCCCGCAUGAACUUCAUCCGCACCUUCCUUUCCAAGCGCAAGCUCGCCAAGCUUGUUGAUACCGGCAAGGUCUGGGGCUGGGACGACCCUCGCAUGCCCACCAUCCGUGGUGUGCGCAGGCGCGGUAUGGGCAUCCCUGCCCUCCGCGACUUCAUCCUCAAGCAGGGCCCUUCUCGCAACGUCGUCACCAUGGACUGGACCAACUUCUGGGCUAGCAACAAGAAGGAGAUCGACCCCAUCGCUCCCCGCCACACCGCCAUCGCCAAGAAGGACGCCGUCAAGGUCAUCGUCAAGGGCGCCGAUGCCCCCGCCGAGCCCGUCAAGCAGGAGAAGCCCAAGCACCCCAAGAACAAGGAGGUCGGCACCAAGCAGGUCACUUUCGCCAACGAGCUUAUCAUGGACCAGGCCGACGCCAAGUCCUUCAAGGACGGCGAGGAGAUCACCAUCAUGGGUUGGGGCAACGGCUUUGUCCGCAACAUCGACUCCUCUGCCGAGGUCAUCCCCACCUUUGAGAUCGACCUCAACCUCGCCGGCGACGUCAAGUCCACCGAGAAGAAGGUCACCUGGCUCGCGUCCAAGGGCCAGACCCUGGUCCCCGCCGAGCUCUGGGACUUUGACUACCUCAUCACCAAGGACGUUCUCCAGGAGGAGGAUAACAUGGAGGACUUCCUCAACCCCGUCACCGAGACCAUGGAGGAGGCCUGGUGCGACGAGGCCUCGGCUACUCUCAAGAAGGACGAUAUCAUCCAGCUCGAGAGACGCGGUUACUACCGGGUCGAUAAGGGUCUCAAUGACUGGAAGGAGGGCGAGGAGAAGAAGCUCGUGCUGUUCUGCAUUCCUACUGGCAAGACUGGUUCCAAGUAAGUGUGUUGCAACUGAAGCAUCAUGUAAGCGGGGAAAAGUUAUGUUGGGAAAAGUUUGUUGAUAGAAUGAUGGUCGAUGAAUGUAAUGAAAACAUUUGAAUGGUCAUAUUGUUGUAACGAUGCGUUGUGAUUCUGUCUGGUAAAGUUGAAAGGUCACGAUGGCCUCGCCGUGUCUGGGGAAUGAUAGGGUUAGGGUUUGAACCUGUUGUCCUAGGAGGCUAGCGCAAAGCGCAUCGAUUGCCCAAGGUCUUGCGUUGCCCACCACUGCUCUACUUACCCGGCACUUUUGCACAAGCUGGUCACUCGCCCCAAGUACCUUUUUGCUCCAAGAUCAAGCCAUGUCACUCCUACUCGGAGUUCACAUAAAGCAUGCGAAACCAAUUGUCAACAGAACUGAAGACAUGGAAACAGCCGUUUACAAUUUGCUGUCGCAUCAAUGGCGCAGAGUUACAAGAGUCAAACCGUGCCGCUUUUGAACCUGAGAAGUGGAAGGGACGGGAG